AAUCGAAAGACCUAGGGCUUUACCUUGCUUCACUGCAACUUGCUGAAGCCAUGGAUCCUCAACCUGAGCCUGUAAGCUACAUCUGUGGGGAUUGUGGGAUGGAGAACACCCUUAAACCCGGCGACGUGAUACAGUGCCGAGAAUGCGGUUAUCGGAUUCUGUACAAAAAGCGUACUCGUCGCAUUGUUCAGUAUGAAGCUCGCUGAAGCAAACUGUCGCACCAUGGCUGGCAAAUUGCUGGAAAA